CUCAGGUACGUUGCUCAUCCCCAUCGACUGCAUUCAUAGGGCUCUAUAUAUCGUCCAACUCCCCCAAAUCCUCAUUAUUCCCUUUCUCAUACUUCCCUCUCUACAUACAUCGCAACCCCCGCAUCAUGCCUCCACUACCUGGUGAAGAGCGUUUGCUGACAGUCUUCGCCGAUAUCCAUUAUUAUUUCACAGAACCGACUCCAAGACCACUCCGUCAUCGGUUUGAUAAAGGCUCCUAUCUCUAUGUCUACCACAACGCCGCCCAACAUAAAACAAGAAUUGAAAUCGCAAAUAAUCCCGGGACCCCUGACCAGGAUGCAUUCAAUGGAGCGCUGGACCAGGUCCAUCUGCGGCAUUCAAGUGGAUUUCCGACCCUGUGUACGUUGACAGUCGACGGACAGAAUGCCACACCGCAGAGCUUUCCCCCGCCGCCAAGCGCCGAUAUCUAUGAAUGGCGGUUGCCUAGCCAUGAUCCCCGUGACGAUAGUGGUGAUCUUCUACGUCUACAUACAUUGGACAUCUACUUCUGGACUCUGGAUGAUGCCAAUCAAUAUAUGGACUUGAUGGAAAGUUUUUUGCCCGGCACACAGGUUGAGACGGACCGGCAUCCUUUCCCAUCCCAAUCGGACCAUCGCAUGAGUACUGUCGUCCAGCAACUCGAGAACGUAGCUGUCACAGACCCUGCGUACCAGAAUGGACAGACUCGCAACUCGCGAUCCGAAACCGUCUCCAAUCCAGCAAGCAAUCCUCAGGGUGUUACAGGGACAAGCUCAUUCCUCCCUCCCCCUCCAAUGGGGGUUCUUCCCACAAAUGCCCAGGAGACGCCAGCUGCAAGCCAACCACCUGCUGAGGAGCAGAAAGAACCUGCGCAGUUUGCACCGCUCCCGUACAACCCUGCAGCACCUGCAGCCCCCGAACCGAUUCAGCAUCGCGAGAAGACCCCGCCUCCCGUAGACGGUGCGGACGGAACAGGUCUUGCAGCGGCAGUAGCAGCAGACCAUGGGGUUCCAUAUACUCCCCCUUCACAGAUGACAGGAGCACCAAGCUUCGCACCUCCUCCAAGCCAGGCAUACUCUGUCCCAGGAAGCUAUGCAUCGCCACCACCUAGUGCCGGGUUGACACACUCGGGAUCGUUUUCAUCCCGCUCUUCCGUCCAGAGCCCGCCUAGUGUCACACCCUACUCGCCGACAUUCCUUCCCGGUGGCGGGCAACAAUUCCAACAACCGGGGGCCAUGUCCUUCGCACCACCUCCUCAGGACCCCAACGCCCAUCUCUAUGGAUCGUCUUUGUAUGGUACGCCGCCGCAGGUCCAGCAAGUCCAGCAAAUCCCACAGAUUCAGCAAAUCCCGCAGGUCCAGCAAGUGCCACAGGUUCAGCAAGUGCCACAGGUUCAGCAAGUUCCGCAGGUCCAGCAGAUCCAGCAGACUGCCCCCCAAAUCCCAAUCGGUGGCUAUUCAAACUACUCCUACGACCAGGCCCCAAAGCGCCACCCAUCCGUUAACGAAUAUGACAUCCAUUCCCAAUUAUACCGACCCACCGAGGCAGAGGCCAACUCGCACUCCCAGAAGUACUCGCAACAAGCGAUGAAGAACCCCGGGCAGCGCCCACGGAAACUUGAAGACGGUGCUCAUCGAAUGGAAAGCAGCGUCAACAGGUUCCUGAAGAAGCUUGAAAAGAAGCUGUAAUUCAAACUGCUUGGGAGUGUGUGCAGUUGCUAUAUUUUUUGUUCCAAUCGGUAUUCGGUUCCCGGAUUUAAUGUUUAUAUAGAACCGAUGAAUUCCGUUUAGUUAAGAAUGAUCAAUGAGGAUACCCAAUCAAGAUUACAGUUUUCUGGUUGAUAUAAAUGAUAUGCAUCUGCUCGUUGAUUCCUAAACGGGGGUUUUCGCUUUGCAAAACCUCAUAGAAUGCCUAAACUAGAGUACCAAGUAGAACAGCCCCAUUCCAGUACAUGAAAGACAAAUCCGAAAUAACUUGCAACAAACCUUGACAGCUUCAUGAAUAGACCGUUCA